UAGAUGGGAGAUUGGGUGCGAUAAAACAAUUAAAUCGCCCCUAUUACUAAAAGUUAAAUUUUUUUGUCCAGAAUUGGGUUGGGGGUGCAGAAAGGAAGCAUGAAGUGUGUAAAAUUGGGUUAGUAAUAAGAAUAAUGUUGGUGGAUAAGGAGUGUGUGACUGGAAGGAGGAUCAUGAGGUGGCUUUAGAAUGUAACCCUAGCAGAACAGGGUGUGUACAGAUAAAGAGAUAUACUUUGAGAUGUAAGGACACAGGCUUUCUCUUUGCAAGGAUCCACAUUGUAAUCAGCUGCUGUUCAACUUUUAAACCGUGCAUAGGAGCCCGUUUAAUCAUUAUCACCAUCGGGAGCACCUGCAUGACAGCUCCAGUUCCCGUGGCCACAGCCGACUACGUAACCUGGGGAAGCGCAAGCAGCGGGUGCCGCUCCUUCUCAGCCCGGCGCAGACCGGUAAACUCCGGAUCACCAGCUACACAGCCUCCUGUCUGCAAAGUGCGGAGGUACCGGAGGUAGCGUGGACCACUUGGAACGGCUUGUUGGGGCUCCCUGCACGGCGCAGCAUCAAUCAUACCCGCUGAGGCUCUGGUGUAUGUCCCUGACGGAUCGGUGAGACGACACCAGGGAGUAAGGAUAGAACAGGCUCCUGCCCAGCGGAGGGAGCAUCUUAUAUCAGUCAUCCCACCAGGAUCAGAGUCCAUUACCCGGUCUACAGGAUGGACAGUGACAGGAGUCACAUGACUGAGAGGAUACUAAACCUCACCCUGGAGGUCAUCUACCUGUUGACCGGAGAGGAUUAUGUACCAUUGAAGAAGUACAGUGAAUGUGAAAGACCCAGCAGCAGCCGUCCCUAUGUGUCAGGAGGACUGAGCAGGACCCAGAUCCCAAUCGCUGAGCCUCCACCUCACUCACUGAUCCUUGAGAGAGACAAUGAGCAGAAGAUCCUGGAACUCGCCAACAAGAUCAUUCAGCUGCUGACUGGAGAGGUUCCUCUAAGGUGUCAGGAUGUCACUGUCUAUCUCUCCAUGGAGGAGUGGGAGUAUUUAGAGGGACACAAGGAUCUGUACAAGGACGUCAUGAUGGAGAAUCACCGCCCACUCACAUCACUGGAUAAAUCCAGCCAUAUUGGCUCACCAGGGAGAUGCACCAGCCCUCUCUCCGCAGCGCUUUGUAAGCAGGACACUGAUCUCUCUGUACAGAAGAAAGACCUAAACACUGUAACAGCAGAAAUUGGAUUACAGCCUGAAGACGAGGUGAUGAAGGUUAAAGAGGAGGAGAUUGCUGUAGAUAUGGGUAAAGCUGCUGAAAACAGUAGAAACACCGCAGGGAUGUAUCAUGUUCAAUCUACAAAGUGUGAAAUGAAGGGUGCUGAUACACACUAUUUCUUGGGAAAAUACCCAGAUGUCCCAAACACACUUCCAAGUUCUGAGGCAUCAACUAAUAGAUCAGUACACUCAAUUUCUCUGAACAACCCAGAGAACGGUGCACAUGGGACAGUCGGCACUGAAAACUUUAUUUGCAGCGAGUGUGGAGGCAAAUUUCCCACCAAGCCUCAGCUUAAGUCACACCAGAAGAUUCACACAGGAGGGAAGCCUUUUGUCUGCUCUGAAUGCGGGAAAGGCUUUACCCGCAAUACAAGUCUCGUAGCACACAAGAGAAUUCACACAGGAGAGAAACCAUAUUCAUGUACAGACUGUGGAAAGCGUUUUAUAUCCAACUCUCAGCUUUUUACACACACAAAAUAUCACAGAGGGGAGAAACCUCAUGUGUGUUUAGAUUGUGGGAAACGGUUCAUUAGCAAUGGGUUGCUUGUUAUACAUCAGAGAUCCCACACAGGAGAGAGGCCGUUUGUCUGUCAGGAUUGUGGGAAAGCCUUUGCCCAUAAUGGCAUUCGCCGAGAACACAUGCGAAUUCACUCGGGUGAAAAACCAUUUGAAUGCAAAGAGUGUGGGAAACGGUUCACGAGUAAUUCCCAUCUGGGCAAGCAUCAGAAAAACCACAGAGGUGAGAAACCACACGCGUGUCCCGACUGUGGGAAGAGGUUCAUCUGUAAUUCCUUUCUCAUAAUACACUACAGGAGUCACACUGGCGAGAAACCGUUUGUUUGUAAUGAGUGUGGAAAAUGCUUUGCCAAAAAAGGAAGCCUCGUCACACAUCAGAGAAUUCACACCGGGGAAAACCUCUUGGUCUGUGCCGAUUGUGGGAAAGGCUUUGCCCAUGCCUCAGUUCUACUAGCUCAUCGGCGGAUUCACACCGGAGAAAAGCCUUUUGCUUGUCCUGAGUGCGGGAAGCGAUUCAUCCGAAAAUGCCAACUGGUCGUACACAAGAAAUAUCACACGGGGGAGGAGCCUUAUGCCUGUUCUGUAUGCGAGAAAAGCUUCAUGGGUAAGCAAAAUCUUGUUACUCAUCAGAGAACUCACACCGGAGAGAAGAUGUUCAUGUGUUCCGAGUGUGGCAAAGGCUUCACCAGUAACUCAAAGCUUGUUAUCCACCAGCGAACUCACACGGGAGAGAAACCAUUUAUGUGCUCAGAGUGCCGGAAGGGCUUUAUCAGUAACUCUGUCCUGAUUGUACAUAAGAAACGUCAUGAGGAAAAAUAAUUAUUAUGCACUGUUGUGUAGAGGAGCUGAGCGCAGAUUUGCCGAUGGCGGAAAUGUCUUUUUAAAAAUCGGAUACUUUACAUCGGUGCUUUUUAAACGGGGAGCUUUCUGAUAAGGUUUGUUUCCCAGAAUAGUAUUGACCUAAAUAGGUUUGAAGAGAUGGGGAAUGGGAGUAGGGAGAUCAGUGAGCUGAAUUGAGGAAUGCAAACCAUAGAUACCUAUGAUAUGUGCCGCAGUUGGUCACCUCUUACCAUAUCACAUUGGCGAGCAGGCGGCACUAGUGCAAAGUACAGCAAUGCAUUGUUGUCUUUUAGAAGAGUGUAUAGCAGCAACCUGUUAAUAGCAGAGGUUUUUCAUAUUUAAGUACUUAGAUGUUCAGAUAUCUAUCUAAAUUUGUAUUGCGUGUUUAUUUAGAGCCCAUGUCUUGUAUGGGUGGUGUAUAAUGAGCUGGUAAGUGGGAUCAGGAUCACGGUGUAUUCCAGUUACCAUAAGGUGUAAUGUGUAUCUGUACACAUCUCAGUCAUGCAGUUCUGUUUCAUAAAGGUGGGAUCAGGUUCUUCAAGUAAUAUUGUGCACCUGUAUUCAGUAUAUUUUUCCUGUUAUAUAAUGUGAUCCUAUUUCUUCCAUUCCUUGCCUUUAUUAUUAUGAUUAUUAUUAGUAGCUGUAAAAUUGGCCAAAUUUUGUCAUAAAUAAAUAUUCUUAGCAGAGUCAGAGCUGGUGCUAUAAUCGGGAUGCACUGGGGAUGUGCAUAGUGUAGGGUGAGAACGUGAGGGACAGCUCUGCUUGUGAGAGCUCAUAUGGUAUCCGGAUCCCGGCAGUCAAAAUACUGAUGCCGGAAUCCAGACACUGACAUCCCGAAUAGGUCACAUUCCUGACCGCCGGGAUCCUGAAGGACCAUCUCCUGGCCCGUCUAACAGGUAAGCCGCCGGAUAGGUGUGUGGGAAGGUUAGGUUUAGCCUGUGGGGUUAGGGUUAGGCUGUGGGGCAGGUGGUUAGCUUUCGGGUGGGCGUGGGGUGGUUUAGGCAUG